CCAUCAUCCGGAUAAUAAUUUGCUCAGUUACGUUGGCAACUCAGCGAAGUGAGUCUCCGAGUUUGGUAUCAGAAGUGUGAUGACGUCGCAGUGUAACGUGUUUGUUGUUUUCGCGAUUUUGGUAAGCUGUUACCAUUGCGGUGAUGGCGCGAGAAUAUUGGGCCUAUUUCCAACCGCCUCGAUAAGCCAUCAAAUCGUGUUCCGUAAGCUGACGUUAGAAUUGAACAAACGAGGCCACGAACUCGUCGUCUUGACAACGGACCCGGUCAGAGAUCCAACUUUGAAGAAUUACACCGAGAUAGACAUCAGCUUUCUUUACGAGAAAGUGACCUUGAUAGGUAACAUAGUUGAUUACCGGGGGAAAUUUGACUGGUUCGAUAUGGUUUUAGCAAAUGAGCCAAAGAUGCGCCCUCAGAUCGCUCAAGUUUUCGGGCAUCCGGAGUUGAAGAAAUUGUACGAACCGAACAGUGGUGAAAAGUUCGACUUGAUAUUGAUGGAGAUAUUCAUUACACCCAUCUACUUGGCUCUUGGUGAGCGAUUCAAGGCUCCUGUGAUCGGCAUUGCGAGCACGACUUUGCAGAUACAUUUGGAAUAUGGAAUCGGCAAUCCUAUACUGUCAUCACACCCAUCGAACUGGGGAAUAACAGAGACGGCUGGAGCAUCGUGGAUGCUGUGGGAACGGUUGAAGAACUUCGUGAAAUGCUGGAAACAUAUUCACUAUAUGAGGACUGUAGUUUUGUCAAAUCAACAGGAAAUGGCAGAGAAGUUUCUCGGGACUGGUGUAUCCAAUCUAGCCGAUUUGGAGAAGAACAUUAGUUUGAUUUUUGUCAAUCAGCAGGGACCGAUAUCUUUUGCUAAGCCGAGCGUACCGAAUGUUAUCGAAAUCGGCGGCAUGCACGUGCCAGACACGAUAAAACCUCUGCCUACAGAUCUUCAGAAGACUCUGGACGAAGCUACCCAAGGUUUCAUUUACAUGAGUCUCGGAUCAAACGUCAAAAGCAACAUGUUGUCGGAGAAAACACGAGACGCUUUCAUAACCGCGUUUUCAAAGCUUCCUUACAAGGUGAUAUGGAAGUUUGAGGAUGACCAGCUCAAAGGCAAACCGGACAACGUGAUUAUCCUGAAGUGGGCGCCGCAACAGGCAAUUCUGGCUCAUCCGAACAUCAAACUCUUCAUCUACCAAGGUGGACUCCAGAGUACAGAAGAGGCAAUUUCACACGGUGUUCCUUUGGUCGGGAUACCAAUCAUGGGUGAUCAAGAUACGAAUGUAAAAAAAAUGGUAUCUCUUGGCGUUGCCAAGAGCAUAGAGAUCACUGACACGAAUGCAGACGAUAUUCUGCUCGCAAUACGUUCCGUUGCACUUGACGACAGUUACAAACAGAGGAUGUUGAGUUUACGCUUCCUGAUCAAAGACAGACCUUACGAUACACUCGAGAAUGCGAUUUGGUGGACGGAACACGUGAUACGCCACAGAGGCGCUCCACACCUCCUUUCCACAACCGCGAACGAUCCGUGGUACCAACGUCAGGACAUGGAUAUAAUAGCGUUUCUUUCCGCUACAUUCGUUACAAUUUUAAUAUUGGUAUUACUAAUAACCUACAAAUGUAUUAUUUACAAUACCAAAGCCUUCAGGUACCGGCCAGUUAACAAGAAAGAGAAAAGAAAUUAUGCGAAGAUGUCGUGCCGUGUUAUUUUCAUCGUCUUUAUGCUAUUAGCGAGUGAUUGGCACUUCGGCGACGCAGCGAGAAUAUUGGCUGUGUUUCCUACAGCCUCUAUAAGUCAUCAGAUCGUAUUUCGGAAGCUGACACUGGAACUGAACAAACGAGGUCAUGAACUUGUCGUGGUUACACCGGAUCCGGUCAACGAUCCAACUCUGAAAAACUACACGGAAAUUGAUGUCAGUUUCCAGUACAAUGACAAAGAUAGUUUGCCAAAUAUAAUAGGCAUGCGAGGAAAAGUCGACUGGUUUGGGUGGUUGAAGGUUCAAGUACCGAUGAUAACCAGGCAAGUAACUAAGAUAUUCGAGCAGCCAGAUCUCAAGAAACUGUACCAUCCUAACAGCGGCGAGAAGUUCGAUUUAAUAUUGAUGCAAAUGUUUUUCACCCCCGCCUUCAUGUCAUUCGCCGCACGAUUCAAGGCCCCAAUGAUUGGUAUCCACAGUGCGAGUCUGCAAACAUCCAUGCAGUACGCGAUCGGCAAUCCAAUAUUGCAUUCCGAUCCGUCAAACUGGCAGCUGGAUAUGAAGUUCCCCGAGUCAUCAUGGAUACCGUGGAGAAGAUUGGACAACUUCAUCCAAAGUUGGAGAUUCAUCCACUAUCACAGGACCGUGUAUUUGCCAAAACAGCAGAAAAUCGCUGAGAAAUAUCUAGGAAUUGAUAUUCCGGACCUCCACGACUUGGAGAAGAAUAUCAGCUUGAUAUUCGUCAAUCAGCAGGGGCCGAUUUCUUUUGCCAAGCCGAACGUACCGAAGGUUAUUGACAUUGGUGGCUUUCACGUCACAAAUAAGAUAAAGCCAUUGCCAAAGGAUCUUAAGAAGGUCUUGGACGAAGCUACGCAGGGUUUCGUGUACAUGAGUCUUGGAUCAAACGUCCAUAGCAAAAUGCUACCCGAAAAAGCACGGAAAGAUAUCGUCACUGCGUUCUCGAAGCUUCCCUACAAAGUGAUUUGGAAGUUUGAAGACGAUACGCUUACAAAUAUACCGGAAAACGUGAUUAUCCUGAAAUGGACACCACAGCAGGCUGUUCUCGCUCACCCAAACAUCAAGGUAUUUAUAUACCAGGGUGGACUUCAGAGUACAGAAGAAGCCGUUACAAACGGUGUUCCUUUGAUCGGAUUGCCGGUUAUGAGUGACCAGGACAUGAAUGUCAGGAAAAUGGAGUCUGUUGGUGUUGCUAAGAAGCUGGAAAUUACUAACAUAAACGAGAAAGAUUUCUUUGAGGCGGUACGCACUGUUGCAGGUGACGACCGAUACAAGCAGAGGAUGCUGAAUUUGCGUUCCCUGCUUAAGGACAAACCUUACGAUAUGCUUGAGAACGCGGUUUGGUGGACGGAACACGUGAUAAGACACAGAGGUGCUCCAUACCUACACUCCACAACCGCUGACCAGCCGUGGUAUCAGCGUCAGGACAUGGACAUAGUAGCAUUUCUUUCCGCCACUCUUAGAAUAGACAGUGACCCGACAGUCGAGAAAACUCAUCCCAACAUCAAGCUAUUCGUGUACCAGGGUGGACUCCAGAGUACGGAAGAAGCCGUAUCGCGCGGUGUGCCUCUGGUCGCGUUGCCGGAACGCGAUUCAGUCUGUGAAGUCGUCAGUGCGAAGAUGUCGUGGCGUGUUAUUUUCAUCGUGUUUACGCUAUUAGCGAGUGAUUGGCACUUCGGCGAUGCGGCAAGAAUAUUGGCUGUGCUUCCUACAGCCUCUGUAAGUCAUCAGGUCGUAUUUCAGAAGUUGAUGCUGGAACUGAACAAACGAGGUCAUGAACUUGUCGUCGUUACACCGAAUCCGGUCAACGAUCCAACUCUGAAAAACUACACGGAAAUUGAUAUCAGUUUUCAGUACAGUGACAAAGAUACUUUGCCAAAUAUCAUAAACCUGCGGGGAAACGUCGACUGGUUUGGGCUCCUAAAGGUAUUUGAACCGAUGCUGAGCAAGCAUGCAGUUCAGAUAUUCGAGCACCCAGAGCUCAAGAAACUGUACGAUCCUAACAGCGGUGAGGAGUUUGAUUUAAUAUUGAUGCAAAUGUUUAUCACUCCCGCAUUUAUGUCAUUCGCCGCACGAUUCAAGGCCCCGAUGAUUGGUAUAGUCAGUGCAAGUUUGCAAACAAGCGUGCAGUACGCGAUCGGCAAUCCAAUAUUGCAUUCCGAUCCGUCGAACUGGCAGCUGGACAUGAAGUCUCCCGGGUCAUCAUGGAUACCGUGGAGAAGAUUGGACAACUUCAUCCAAAGUUGGAGAUUCAUCCACUAUCACAGGACCGUAAUUUUGCCAAAAUACCAGAAAAUCGCUGAGAAAUAUCUAGGAAUUGAUAUUCCGGACCUCCACGACUUGGAGAAGAAUGUCAGCUUGAUAUUCGUUAAUCAGCAAGGGCCGAUUUCCUUUGCCAAGCCGAACGUGCCCAAGGUUAUUGAAAUCGGUGGCUUUCACGUCGCAGAUAAGAUAAAGCCAUUGCCAAAGGAUCUUAAGAAGGUCUUGGAUGAAGCCACGCAAGGUUUCGUGUACAUGAGUCUUGGAUCCAACAUCCAGAGCAACAUGUUGCCCGAAAAAGCACGGAAAGAUAUCGUUACCGCGUUCUCGAAGCUUCCCUACAAAGUGAUUUGGAAGUUUGAAGACGAUACGCUUAAAAAUCUACCGGAAAACGUGAUUAUCCUGAAGUGGACACCACAGCAGGCUGUUCUCGCUCACCCAAACAUCAAGGUAUUUAUAUACCAGGGUGGACUCCAGAGUACAGAAGAAGCCGUUUCUAACGGUGUUCCUUUGAUCGGAUUGCCGGUUAUGAGUGACCAGGACAUGAAUGUCAGGAAAAUGGUGUCUGUUGGUGUUGCCAAGAUGCUGGAAAUUACUAACAUAAACGAGAAAGAUUUCUUUGAGGCGGUACGCACUGUCGCAGGUGACGACGGAUACAAGCAGAGGAUGCUGAACUUGCGUUCCCUGCUCAAAGACAAACCUCACGAUAUGCUUGAGAACGCGGUUUGGUGGACGGAACACGUGAUAAGACACAGAGGUGCUCCACACCUGCACUCCACAACCGCUGACGAACCGUGGUACCAACGUCAGGAUAUGGACAUUAUAGCGUUUCUUUCCGCCAUGUUUGUCAUUUUAUCAAUUCUGUCGGUAUUCAUUUUUUACAAGUGUGUAAUUUUAAGUAUUAGAUUAGCGAGUCACCCGACAGUCGAGAAGAGUAAGAAGCGUAAUUAGAUUAAUCACUACAGUUUACAUAAUGCAUUUUCAUUUGCUGACGCAAGUCGGUAGUUUGAUAAGUAUUCCGAUUUGACGCGAAUAUGUAACAGUGAGUCCACUUUUUAGUCAAAGCUAUUAACGAAAUUCUGCUUACACUAAUCGAGGCUGAUCUCGAUUCUCGUUGUGCAACCGUCAUCACACCUCAUCCACGAAGAAAGACGGAUAACCUGCGUUCAAUUGUUGGCGAUUUUUGUAACCUGGAUUACUAAAUCUCAUCAAAAUUAUGUAUAUGGGGCAUUCCAUGAUGUUUCGAUCAAGAUUCUACGUCGAUAUCUGAAAUUGGAUUUGAAAUUUUUCAGAUGAAAGUACGUGUUGAAAAAUGAGAAUGCCAAGUUUCUUCAGAAUUUUUUAGUCCCAGCUUAUUUGGAGUCUGAUUUAAAAACUUGAAAAACACCCCACUUUGUAAAAAAAUUCAUGAAAAUCUUAUCGAGUAUAAAAAAAAAUUUUGACACCUGUUAGAAGAUAAACAUUUCGUAACUUAAAAAGAUAAGUAAGAAAAAUGCUAAAAAAAACAAUUAUUUCUUAUUAUUGGAUAGCAUUUUUGACACAAGUAUGAACAGAAAAUCACAUCAUAAUAUCGAUGAAUAGGAAUUUUUCGGCCCACAUGUAAAAAAAAGUUUUAACACCUAUCAGAAGAUGGAAAAAUUUGAAGAAACAAAACACCAUGCUUCAACGUCCCAAAUGACCUUCUAUGUUUCUUCUCAUGACAAAAAUCCAAUCUAAUAAUAUUGAUAAUUUUUUUUUCAUCAUUUAUCUUGCUUAUCUUCUAAAGUUAUGAAAUCUCCCACUUCAAAUACGUGUCAAAUUUAAAAAAAAAAUUCAUAAGCAUUUCCCGGGCUUUCGUAGAUUUUAGAAAGUGGGUUGUUUUCCAAGUUUUUAAAUCAUACUUCAGAUAUGCUGGGUCAGAAAAUUCUGAAAAAAAUUGCGGUUGCGUUUUUUGUCAUGUAUUUUCAUACAGCAAAUUUUAAAGCCAAUCUGAGACAUCGAUGUGAAAUCUUGAUGGUGAUGUCAUCUAAUGUCCCAUACAUAUAUAAAUGACAGAGCGUGUAUAAAUAAGCGGUACGUCGAAAAUGAAUCUACUCAUAGAAAGAUAUUGUCGUAUUCACACGAAUGUAUACACACGUCAUGUUGGUCAUUAACAGCGACGCACUAGCGAGCCUCAGUCUAACAACAGACUUCUUUGAGUCAACUCAAUAUUGUCUAAUCUAAGCGCUUGUUGUUAUAUUCCCGUUCAUGUAACAUGUAUGUGUGAAAGUAGUGAAAUAUUACGAAUAGAACUGAAAUGUAAAUGAUUAUGAAUUGAUAAUGAACUCGUAAGCUUGAAAAUUA